GAGAUCUUUCUGCCUGUCCAUGUCCAAGACGAGCCCUGAGCCAGAGGAGAGUGGAUGGAUAGGGUCCCAACUCCCCCCACUGCACCCUCUUCUUCGCCAAUCACCACCCCAAAUCUGCCAUUGCAGCUAAGGGCGACAUGGGUUUGCAGAUGAUGCGUGGUAGGCCCUGCGGGCCGUGCUGUUCGUCCUCCUCCUCCUCCUCUUCCUCGUCCUGGAUGCCCUCCAAGCAUUCUCACCCUCCAUUGAAUCGAAGGAAAAUUUCAUCGGAAUCACUUAGAGCAUUGACCUUGCGCAUCUUGCUCAAACGGAAGGAAUACCAUAAUGGGGAUAUCUCAAGGAUUUCAGCAUCUUCAUCCGCUGUGCUUCAAAUCACAGAGAACAAGUCCAAUAGCAAGGUUGAUGCAGAAAGAAAUAUUCUUGAUGAUGCUCUUGACAGAAAGUCAGAGAUUGAAUGGAUUAAAAAGGAUAUCUCUUCUUUGAUGGAUAGAAGUUACACAAGCAGUAAUUUGCAGUAUGACAUGCUAAUGCAAAAUAUUCACAUGUUAGAAAUUAGUUUGGCUGGUAAAGACUUGGUAAGGCUGGAAAGGGAUAUCCUUGUACAUAUCGAACGGCUGGGAGCUCUGAAAUCAUUCAAUGCGUCUAUGUCCAGGGUCACUCUAUCACCAAUAUAUGAAUCAGAGUUUUCACUUCCUGGGGAUAUUGUUAAGCUUGAUCCAGAUAUUAUUCCAGAGGAGCAAAAUGAUGAGGUAAUUGUUCGAAGUGGGAAAAGUCAUGAGAGGAAACUGAAAAGAAUGAGAGCAUCAGAAAAGGGUUCUCGGGUCUCCGUGAGAACACCCUCACGAAAAUCAAAGAAGUCCAGUAGUAGUCAAUUUAUAGCUGAGUGGAAAAACUACCCAGGCCGAAGAAGGAGCAUUGCACGAGAACAAUCAGCCUUGCUGGUGUCUAUCAAGGAGUGUGCAAACCUUGAGAAAAUAAGAGAAAACUUGUUGAAGGAUGGGAGUGAAGUCAGCUAUGCGAGGUGGGCCAAGGCAGCUGGAGUUGAUGAAGUAUUGUUGAAGAGUAGGCUGCAAGAAGGUUACUGCUGCCGAGAGAGGUUACUGGUAACCACCGAGUGGCUAGUCAAGUACAUUGCGAAGACAUACACUGGAAUGGGAACAGCUUUUGAGGAUCUACUGCAGGCUGGGAAAAUGGGGGUCCUUAAUGGUGCUGAGAAAUUCGACAGCCAAAAAGGAUGCAAGUUCUCUACUUAUGUGAAGUACUGGAUAAGGAAAGCAAUGUUAGCACUUCUUGUUGAAAACUCUGGAGUAAUCCAGCUGCCCGCAAGAAUGGAGGGUAUAAUUCGUAAGGUCAAGGAAGCAAGACGGGCAAUUCGCUACAACACAGGGAGGCACCCGACAGAUGCAGAAAUCGCGACCCUCAUUGGUGUAUCAGUUGCCAAUGUUAGGUUGGCGCGGAAGUGCUCUCGACGAGUUGUGUCACUCUACACGGAGAUUGGAGUUGGACAGAAUACAAAAUUUGUGGAAGUGACUCCCGACACUUCUUUGGAAGCUCCAGAUGAGGCUAUGUUCCGGAUGCAGUUGAGAGAAAGGCUGCUCCAUGUGCUGGACAGGCUGCCCCCAAGGGAAGGGCACGUACUGAAGCUCCGGCACGGCCUGGAAGACGGGAAAUGCAGGUCCCUGGAGCAAAUUGGGAGCAUUUACCAUGUCUCCAAGGAAUGGAUCAGGAAAAUAGAGAAGUCGGCCAUGUCGAAGUUGCGGAAUGAGGACGUGCAUAAUGAACUGAAGGACUUCCGCGGAUUCUAGUGCUCCUGAGCUAUCUUGUGUAUAUCAAGCUCUAUACUUUGCGUAUGUUGUGAUAGCAUUCAAUAGAACUUGUAUAUAUCGCAUGACAUUACAAAAUUUACAGAAUAUUACAUUUGUUUCAGAGAACUGUUCAAUAGUGAGCAGAUGUAAUACAGCACACAUGGAUCAUACAUUGACGGAUAUAUAUGCAAAAAUACAUUGCCAUAAUGUUCA